GGCGGGAUGCGCUUAACGCCAUCUCCGGGCGCCCGCCUUGGGGGGGGGCCGCUGGGUGUGGGGCGGCUCCGGGGCCGGGGAUGGCGGCGGCCGCGGUGGCGGCGGCUCCGGGACGAACGGGAGGAGUCCUGGGAGCUCCGUGAGAUGGGCCGACUCCCAAACCAGAGGGGAGGACACUUACUGCAGCUGCUCAGAAGCACCACCAGAAGCUCAGAUGUGGACACAGCCAGCAGCAGAGCGGGGUGCAGGGAAACCACAGAGAAGUCACUUCUGAUGCCUGAAGGAGCAAGUAAACUCCAUCCAGGCUCCAGGAACACCACAAAGCAAUAUGAAACCUGUUCAUGAGCGGAGUCAAGAAUGCCUUCCACCAAAGAAACGAGACCUCCCUGUGACCAGCGAGGAUAUGGGAAGAACUACCAGCUGCUCCACAAACCACACACCCUCCAGUGAUGCUUCUGAAUGGUCCCGAGGGGUUGUGGUGGCUGGGCAGAGCCAGACGGGAGCCAGAGUCAGCCUCGGGGGUGAUGGAACUGAGGCCAUCACUGGUCUGACGGUAGAUCAGUAUGGCAUGCUGUACAAGGUGGCUGUGCCACCUGCCACCUUCUCACCAACUGGCCUCCCAUCUGUUGUGAACAUGAGCCCCUUACCCCCCACAUUUAAUGUAGCAUCUUCACUGAUUCAACAUCCGGGAAUCCACUAUCCCCCAGUCCACUAUGCUCAGCUCCCAUCCACCUCACUGCAGUUUAUUGGGUCUCCUUACAGCCUUCCUUAUGCUGUGCCACCUAAUUUCCUACCCAGUCCUCUCCUUUCUCCGUCUGCCAACCUUGCGACCACUCACCUUCCACACUUUGUGCCAUAUGCCUCACUCCUAGCAGAAGAAGCUGCUCCUCCCCCACAGGCCACAUCCCCAGCUCAGUCAUUUAACAAAUCCUCUUCUGCCACCUCCCCACCCGGCCAGUUGCCGCAUCACUCAAAUACUCAACCACUGGAUCUUGCUCCAGGCCGGAUGCCCAUUUAUUAUCAAAUGUCUAGGCUACCUGCUGGAUAUACCUUGCAUGAAACUUCAACAGCAGGUGCCAGCCCCAUUCUUACUCCUCAGGAGGGCCAGUCUGCUCUGGAAGCAGCUGCUGCCAAUGGACAGAGACAACGAGAGCGAAGUGUAAGACGAGAAAGUGAAGCCCUUGACUCCACUAGCAGCAAGGGUGAAGGUCAAGGACUGGUGCCAGUGGUAGAAUGCGUGGUGGAUGGACAGUUGUUUUCAGGUUCUCAGACUCCACGAGUGGAGGUGGCGGCGCCAGCACAUCGAGGGACCCCAGACACUGACCUAGAGGUCCAGCGGGUAGUCGGCGCUUUAGCUUCUCAGGACUAUCGUGUGGUGGCAGCUCAGAGGAAAGAUGAACCCAGCCCUCUUAACCUAUCCCAUCAUACCCUUGACCAUCAGGGUGAGGGACGAGGGUCAACCAGGAAUCCUACAGAACUGGUGGAGAAAAGUCAGGCCCGUGUGUUCUACCCUCAGUCCCAUCAGGAACCAGUAAAACACAGACCUUUACCCAAAGCAAUGGUUGUAGCCAAUGGCAACCUGGUGCCCACUGGAACUGACCCUAGCCUGCUGCCUGUGGGCUCAGAGAUCCUGGUGGCAUCCAGUCUGGACCUGCAGGCCAGAGCCACCUUCCCAGACAAGGAGCCAACGCCACCUCCCGUUACCUCCUCCCACUUGCCCUCCCAUUUCAUGAAAGGCGCCAUUAUUCAACUGGCUACAGGGGAGCUGAAGCGGGUAGAGGAUCUCCAAACCCAGGAUUUUGUGCGCAGUGCUGAAGUGAGUGGGGGACUGAAGAUUGACUCUAGCACAGUUGUGGACAUUCAGGAGAGCCAGUGGCCUGGAUUUGUUAUGCUGCAUUUCGUGGUUGGUGAACAGCAGAGCAAAGUGAGCAUUGAGGUGCCCCCUGAGCACCCCUUUUUUGUAUAUGGCCAGGGUUGGUCCUCCUGCAGCCCUGGGCGGACUGCACAACUCUUCUCUCUGCCCUGCCAUCGGCUACAGAUAGACUUGGACCAGCCAAGACCUGGCCUGUCAUCAGGAGUCCUACACUUCUGAAGUAUGAGCAAAACUUAAGAUCAGAAAAAUUGAACACUACAGUUGAAGAGCUGAAUUCUACUAUGGAUGGAUGUUGUGAGCCCUUGCUUGGAAGCCUUCACCUUCUAGCUUCCCCAGGGUAGGAAAGGUCUCCCACAUUAUGCAAUAAUAAAAUAAGCAUCUGGGUCUUUGCAGCUGUCAGUUGUUUUUUCCACUCUAGGAUCCAUCUUUGGACCAAAAAUCUGGUCUGGGCCUAGGGUGACAUUGGCCCUUGAUGCUAGAGUUGGCUGCAUUCUCUCCUUACCUGCAGACUAUGCACAGUUCCUGGAGCAGACGGAGAGGUGGUAUGGCUUGCCCUGCUGAGCCUUCUCAGCAGGAAUAAUAGUAAUAAAUGCACUUUUCACACUAAAGGUUUCUUUGUUAGUUCUCCUGUUAAGCCUAGAUCUUUCCCUAGUAGAUUGCAAACUCAACAGUCUGUGUGAUCCCAAAGCCAUUCCACUGUAAAUGCCUGGCAGUAAAGACAGCCCCAGACUGGGUUCCUGCCUGCAGUGUGUGUGGCGGUAGCCCAUGUGCCUUUACCUAAUGUCAGAUUUGCAAGCGUUUCGUCUGUCUUUAUGUUAGGGGGUCUUAGGAACUUCAGAGAGAGAACUAAUAACUGGUUUUAUGCCCACCCCAGCCCUGCCAGGGACAUGUACUUGUAAAUGGUGAGGGCUGGUGAGCUGCUGGUAUUGCUGAAGGCAGGGUGGACCCCUCAUUUGCUUCCUAGUGCACUCGUUGAAUUGAAUUGGGGAAGAGACUGACUGUACUCACAGCUAUCUUGAAGUAUUAAAAUAAGUCUGUCCUCUACACACUUCCUAGUCACGCAGGAUCCCUGUAGCCAAAACAGUAUAUGUUCCAGCUGCAGAGAGCAGACUGCUCUCAGCUUGCAUAGCACCUUAGGGGAGGGAAGAUAAAUGGAUAGGUAAUGGGGUGGAGGAAGGAUGGGAAUUUUGUCAUCCAGGUGGCUUUAGAGUCCUAAGAAGUAGAGAAGAAUGGCACUGGGGAGGUCUGGAUGGAUCUGGUUUGUGUAGGAGUUCCCUGUAGAUAAAUUACUGGUUCCCCCAACCACUAUCCCCAGUAUGUAAUGGCUGAAUUAAUAUGUAAUCAACUGCAUUGUAUCUAAAGCCUUAGAACUAGUCAGGUGCUCCUCCCACCCAAUACCAUUUCUUACCCUCUAAUCCUACCUGAUCUUUAACAAAGCAUUAAUAAUUCUAAGGAUAAUCUCUAUUUUGUUGUGCUUUUUUGUAACUGUUUUAAAUAAAUCAAUUUGUACUGUAUAUUUGUACUUUUGUGAGAUCCUUUUUGCUGUUUUACCAUUUUAAGUCUCUGUACUUGGCUACACACAGAUUGUAUUUUUAUUGUUAAUGCUCUCUUCUUAUGGAUACCUGCAUUUAACUUGUGGACUAUGUAAACACAAUAUAUAUCAAUAUCUAUAUAUCUAUAUAUCAAUCUAUAUAAACUACUAGCUUUUC